AUGGCCUCCGAGCUUCACCGCUACAUAUCUGACAACGCGUUGGAGUUUUUCGGCUUGUCCGACAAGAGCAUAGUCGAUUAUGUAGUCGCUUCAGCUUCAUCGGCGAAAACUCCGGAUAGUUUGUUCUCCUCACUCACCGCAUCUGGGCUACCGAACACUGCGUCCGCCCACGCUUUCAUCCUUGAAGUCUUUAACCGUGUUCCUCGCAAACACAAGCACAAGCGCCCCGAAGACAGUGCACGCAAACAAGCUGAAAAGGAGGCCAAGGCUCUACGAACGCAACAGUUCUCCUUCGUUCUCGACGACGAU